AUGGCCGCCGACGCCCCGCGCAAGUGUUGCAGUGCAGACUGCGAAAACGACGCGGGUUCGCUGCAAUGCCCGAACUGCCAGAAGCUGGGCAAGGAAAGCUACUUUUGCUCGCAAGACUGCUUCAAGCGCAACUGGGCGGAGCAUAAGAAACAACACAAGUCGCAGAACGGUAUUCUCUCCAACAUCUUCACGCCCAAAGUAGUUUCUAAACCGGACCCAGCGACCGGGCACUUCAACCCAUUCCCCACCUUCCCCUACACCGGCACUCUGCGACCCGUAUACCCACUGUCACCGAAGCGCGAAGUGAAGCAGGGCGUUAAGCACCCAGAUUACUCGAAGGAUGGCAUACCCCGCUCAGAGCAGGUCUUUGUGAACAGAAAUAAGAUCGCCAUUCUUACCAAGGAGGAGCAAGAUGGUAUGCGCAAGGUGUGCCGGCUGGCGCGUGAGGUUCUGGACAUUGCGGCUGCAGCGGCGAAGCCCGGUGUAACAACUGACUACAUUGACGAGGUCGUUCAUAAUGCUUGCAUGGAGCGAGACUCGUACCCCUCCCCCCUCAACUACUGCCACUUCCCCAAGUCAGUAUGCACAUCGGUCAAUGAAGUCAUCUGCCACGGCAUUCCCGAUCAGCGAGUCCUUAAGAACGGUGACAUCCUUAACAUAGACGUUACUUUGUACCACGGCGGUUUCCACGGAGACUUGAACGAGACCUACUACAUCGGUGAAAAGGCAUUGGCGAACCCAGACGCAGUGCGCGUCACAGAGACCGCACGCGAGUGCUUAGACCAGGCCAUUGAGCUCGUCAAGCCAGGCACGCUCUUCCGCGAGUACGGCAACGUCAUCGAGAAGCAUGCGAAGGCCCAUAACUGCGGUGUCAUCAGGACAUAUUGCGGGCACGGCAUCAACCAGCUCUUCCACUGCGCACCCAAUGUUCCCCACUACGCGAAGAACAAGGCCAUCGGACAGGCGAAGCCUGGCAUGUGCUUCACCAUCGAGCCUAUGAUCAGUAUUGGUUCCUACAGGGACAAGACUUGGCCGGACGACUGGACCAGCACCACCCAGGAUGGUUCCUUGACCGCUCAGUUCGAACACACACUGCUUGUCACUGAAGAUGGCGUCGAGGUCUUGACGGCAAGGCUGCCUAACUCCCCAGGCGGCCCCGUCCCGAGGGUUGCCCCUGCGAACGGUGAAGUGACUGCAGCAGCAUGA